AUGUCGACUCUGGGAGGCCGCCGCGGGAUGAGGCCUAAAAUGAUGAUGCCGUUUGAUGCCCAGCCGCCUCAGCCGGUCAUCUCAGCUCACCCCAUCCACUCCCUGGACUCGCUCCAGCCUCAGCACUACCACAGCCUGGCCUCGCCCACGCGCACCUACCUGUACCACCCCCAGGCCAGUGGAGGGCGCUACCACCCCUGUGCCUCCCCCAUCGCUCACCUGUCCCGGGGCGAGUCUAUAGUGGUGGUGGCAUCUAUAGUGCGCACAUGGUUCUCGUCUCCGCUUCCUUCCUUAGUGUCCGUAGGCAUCUAUAGUGGCCACAUGGAGUCGGUGAGGAACACGCCGUGCUCGACGCCCCUCGCCCGGUCCUUCCUCGCAGCUACUCCCCUCCUCCGCAGCUCACCUCGCAGCUGCACCUCGCAGCACGCCUCGGCCAGCUCUCCUCCGCAGCUCUCUGCUCGCAGCUCUCCUGUCCCCUCGGAGAUCCACGGUGGACCCGGAGGGAGCUACCAGUACGGCAGCACCACGGAGGAGAGGGCAGCUAAGCGCAGGCCUGGCCCCUCUGCGCCCCGUGCCACGCACAACCCGCACGACCCGCUGAAGAGCCUCGCAGUCCCACGCCAUCCCCCCCGGGAGCCCGACCCCUCCUAUACGAGAGAGCCCCGCCCUGCCGCUGCAGCCCCCUGCUCACACAGCGCGGGGCUCACCUGCAGUUCCUGGCCUCCCCUGACGCCGCUCCUACCUUCCUCCUCGCGCUGUAACGCCCCCGCCUCCUGUGCCAUCCCCCCCGGCAGACUCCGAACCCGACGGAGCAGACGGAGGAAUGCCCACCUGAGGGGCCUCAUGAAAGAACCUGAACGCCCCUGGUCUCUCCCCUGCUCGCACCUGGGUCUCCCUCCCCUGGUCCCAUCUCCCCUGUCUCUCCCCCUGGACACCACCUCCCCUCAGUCCACCUCACCCCUUCCAUACCCUGCCAUACAAGAACAGUUCAGGAUCUACAAAGUCCAUCUACAGAAUGGGGUUCACCUGUGA